AUGUCCGAUUUGGCUCAGCGUCCUCGUCCCAACCCCGCCAACCCACUGUCUAUCCCGCUACCCGCCGCCAUCCAUCCACCUACAUCCCUUGAUCUCAUCCACAUCCCGACCGCUCAGCCUGUCGCUCUACCAUGUGCAAAGUCACUCGGCCCUGUUCAGGUGCUAGCCGGAGCCAUGCGAGUAGCUCUAGGCUACUUUAGGGACCUUGAUUGCGACAAGAACACGAGGACAUCAUCAACCGAUGCCCCGCGCGAGGAAGAUGCCUCGGGAUGCAGCCAGCUAUCAGGGCUCGCCAACUCUCUCGAUUCUGCUGCCUAA